AGCUGCUGCGUAUCUCACUGCAUUUGAAUGAUUUGAAAGCUUCUUUCAAAUCGCAGAUCCGGCAUAUUCUGUCUCCAAUUAUUUUUUUGGUCAGUCGAAACGAAAUCCAAAUCAAGACAUUUGCUGUCACCAUGUGGACUUUCGCCUCAAAUGCCAUUGGUGGGAGCGUUGGAUUGAAGGACUGUAAAUCGGGUCGAACUGGUUCAGACUGCUCGGAUGAUGAGGUUUCUUCGAAUGCCAGCAGAGAGGAAGGGCUAGAAUGCCCAAUAUGUUGGGAAUCCUUCAAUAUUGUUGAGAAUGUGCCCUAUGUUUUAUGGUGUGGCCACACCCUCUGCAAGAACUGUGUUCUGGGGCUCCAAUGGGCUGUGGUGAAGUUUCCCACUCUACCAGUUCAACUCCCACUUUUCAUUUCCUGUCCAUGGUGCAACCUAUUAUCCUUCCGGCUGGUCUACAAGGGGGUUCUCAAGUUCCCUCGCAAGAACUUCUUUCUUCUCUGGAUGGUUGAGAGCAUGAAUGGUGAUAGGGGGAAAUCUCAUUCAACUUUUUGUGGGGAUCAACCAGUUUGGUCUCCUAACAACAAUUUAGCCCUUGGAGGUCAAGUUAACCAUCGAAAUCUCCGGAGGGCUCCACAUGGGAACCGUCUGGAGCAGUCGGAGCGAGAUCGUGAUCAUGUUAGUUUUGGUCAUUACCUCAAUGUGGAAAGGUUACAUGCAUCCAUACGCAAGUCUCUUGUUUUCUUUGUUCACAUGACAGCUAAGUUCCCACUGGUCAUCAUAUUUCUUCUGAUAGUGUUGUAUGCCGUACCAGCCAGUGCGGCUAUCUUGGCCCUGUACAUACUUAUCACAGUUCUGUUUGCACUUCCUUCUUUUCUUAUAUUGUACUUUGCUUACCCUAGUUUGGAUUGGUUGGUGAGAGAAAUCAUCGCUUGAGAUGCUGCUGAUAUUGUGAGUUUUGUGAAUGGGAGGUUUACGACCCCAACAUGGUAGUCUUACCAUUUGAAGUGAUGAUGUAAUUUGACGACUUCCCUGUUUUCAAGGUUGGCCUGACUGUCGUUUUUAACGUUAAAACCCAAAUCCUUUAAUGCAAACUUUGUCGAAGAUCAGGUCCAAUCUCAUGGCAUGUGGCAUUUGUGAUGGUAUUGAAGUCCCAACAACCCGAGAAUAUUUGAGGCUGGCUUCUUGUGGUUUGGAAUAUUGGUGUCAGCGACAGAUUAGGAUCAAACUUCUCUUUGCCGGUGAAGGGCUUGCUUAAAUUUGUAAAUGGAGCUCUUGUAAACAAUGUGCCUGGUUGAAAAGUGAUUGUUGUGAUGAUAAUUGAU